ACUCGGGCAUGCACCCAUUACACUUCGCCUCGAACACCAACCUCCAGGACCGGCGCUGGAGAGUGUGCAACGUGCUGACUGGCGAAUCCCUCCCAGAACGCAACCUCGAUCUCGUGGAUAGCGCUACGUGAUAGCCUGUUUUACGUCCAGUUUUCUUUCCCUUCUUGCUUACGGCGACGACGCUCUCUGAGACGGGACUGUGAUACCUCUGUCGAGGGUGCGCCUGUGCGACGGCGUCUGGCUGGAAUCUGUGCUGGCUCGUUGACAAAGUCGUGGCCCGCUUGCACGGUCCGGAUGCGCGUGAGCAACUGAGCCUGUCGUCUGGAGUCACGUUGGAUGUUCUUCCUUUCGAGUCUGUUCGUGCGCAGAGCCGAUAACGCGUCUCUUCCACGCGACCCGCGACCCGAUCAUAUACUUGCGAUCUUACAGUUUGGGCGACAGUGUACUUCGUAUCUUGUCGAAUUUCUAUACCCAUCUCGACAUUCGGACCCACGGCAAGCAUUGAAUAUAAUCGGGAGGUACUACAAGGGUUUACACGCUCUGAUCCUAUCUUGGCUGCAUUUUAAUACGGCUUUGCCGAUUUCUCUCGCACUUUCCUCCCAUGGCAUCUGACGGCCGAUACCUCUACUAUCCAUACAACGGAUACUCAGCGCCCGGAUCGAACUACCCGCCCCCUCGUCCGCUACGGUCCGACUCGGGGUCCUCGUCAUCCCAGCCACCCCAGUCACCGGCGCAGUUCAGCCAGCCAACAUCAGGCUCCUACACUUCUCAGCAGUCGCCACAGUCGCCGGUUCGCUAUAGCCAGCCGCCUGCGCCAUCUUAUGGAGCUCCUCCUCCACAACAGUACAAUUCUGGGCCAAGUUAUAUAUCGUCAGCGAACACGACGGGGACACAGCAAUGGUCGCCCUCCUCGGUGGCCCCAUCGCAGCCCAUCGUGACUCCGUCGCAGCCACAGGCGGGGACCAGCACAUGGAGCACUCAGACGUACCAACCGCCGCCUCCUCCGCCGGGACCGGAGAGACAGGCUCCACCGCAACAACAGACUCAGCCGCACUAUACGGUGCCCCCUCCCCCUCCUCGACCUGCCUCAAACGAGCAAACGCGAGCCUGGAAUCACCCGCCAUAUGAUUCCCGCUCCCGAUUGAACGAGCCGCAGCAACGCAUGUACCCACCGCCGCCUGUUCCGCCGCCCGAGUCGCCGGACAUGCGGUCGAGUCGACGCCGCUGGGAGUCCUCGCCGUCGCCCGAUCAUCUGGCCCCAGCGAUCAACUUCCACGAGCUGGUGAACUCGUAUCACCGCAUUCUCGAGGGGGCGAGGACAGACGCCCCUGUCGACCGCAUGCUCCAGAAUGCAUCGUAUGGUGCCCAGGUGCUGGAAAGUGCCAACAUCCCGGCCGUCGUUCCACGCGCCAUCCAGCCGCAGCCACAGCCACAGCCACAGCCCGAACGCGGCCGCAUCGAAGCACCGAGGCCGAUCGAGCCGCCGCAGCCGCCGCCACAGCCAGAGCGCAAGCGGACGCCCCCGCCGCGACGGCUCGAGCCGGCGCCCCCGCGCGAGAAGCCGGUGUCGUCGCCGGUGCUGGCCGAGGCCCCUUCGGCGCUGUCCGCGACAUCCUCGGUGCUGAUUCUGUCGAAUCUCAAGAAGGGCGACGAGUUCAUCCACACGGUGCCCGGGUCCGAGUCUACUACGCCGCUCAAGAGCGGCGUCCCCCAGCAAUGCCUCGGGUGCCAAGCGACGUCGACGCCCGAGUGGCGUCGCGGACCGAUGGGGCCCCGCACGCUCUGCAACGCGUGUGGGCUCGUCUACGCGAAGCUGGUCAAAAAACGGCUGCGUGGCGAGGCCGGGGCUGGCCCAUCCGGCAGUCGCGGACAAGAUGGGCCAUCACCCGUGUCGGAUGAGCAGCGACGGUGAUAUCGGCCUUAGGCCGUCUAUGUUGGUUCGCUUUCGGUUGUGUUUUUUUUUGGUGUUUUUAUUUGGGGCAUUGUCGAGACCGUUUAUUAUAUAUGCUCAUGUUCGGCGUGAACCGUUUUCGAUACGGGGACCGUGGUUGCGACACCUCGUGUAUAUUGUAUACAGUAAUCGUGGCACGCUGCUUGAACCUGAAUCAGUUGCGGUGGAUUAAAAGUACAAUGCGUAUGGAACUACAGUACAUCUAACUAUAUAAGUCGACAAAAAACCCGAUAAAGAUAUAAAAAACCCAUCAUCGACCGGGAGGUUGGCCCUUGACAGGGAUCUGAUGGUGCUGCUGCUGCUGCUGCUGUUGUUGUUGCUGCUGCUGCUGCUGUUGCAUAUGCUGUUGGGCGGCGCCAUUGGCGUUUAUCAUCUGCAUGGCGAGCCCAUUCAUCUGCAUCGCAGCUGCGCUCUGCGGAUGCCCCGCGGCCAUCUGCCGCUGCUGCAUGACCAUGUGCUGCCACUGCGCCAACUGGGUGGCGUUCAUCCCGUACCCGUGGUUGCGGUAGUACAUCGACAGCUGCGCCUGCUGCUGAGGCGUCAUUCCGCUCAUCAUCUGCGCAGCCUCUGUACCAGCAGAUCCACCACCCGCUGCUGCUGCCGCCGCCACUGCGGGUGAUCCAGCAGGGCGCACUGCGCCGUUCGGCGGGCGAGGCGAAUUCACACCAUUGGGCCGCAACCCGGUGUUGGCUGGCUGGUGGGGGAAUGGGCGACCGGGCAGCGACGAUACGCUGUUGUUGGUUCAAGGUGGGCAGACCGCCGUUGGCGCCGCGGUUGGCCAUCGCAGCCGCGGCAGCAGCAGCGUUCAUGUUCAUAUUCAUGCCCAGAUUCAUCGGCUGGGCCGGGCGCGGUGUCAAUCGACCGUUCGGUUGUUGUUGUUGCUGCUGUUGCUGCUGUUGCUGGGCCUGCAGCGCAGCCGCUCUCUGCUGUUGCAAUUGCUGGGCAGCCAUGAAUAUCUGCUGCGACUGGGCAUUUUUCAUCACUCCACUCG